GGCUGCAGGGUUUUCCUUCGUGUCGGCAAUCUGUCAGAAACCAAUCGAUCUUCGUCGAUAACCUUAAGUAGGCCAAUUGACGAAGCCCUUGCGGGAGGGGUUGAUUGUUGUUUGGAGCGAUUCAUGCAUUCUACGCUGUUGGGACGCCAUCUUCCGAGUAGCGCGUCUUUUGAGCAGCAUCGAUCAGUAUCGAGAAGACAUGGUUCGGCAGUGAUUCAACAUCCAGUUUUAAAUACUGGCCGAUUGGACAAGCACUUUGAGUGGUUUUCGGAGAUGCCUCCUUGCUGUCAGUGUGAGCUGUCAGUUCCGAGACGGUUCGAGGUCCAAUCUUUGCCCUGUUGCAUCAUGCUUGUGUUCCCGCACUAUUUUCUCUCGACCAGAGAUCUCGAUCUACCGACAGCUCUAGACAGCGCGGCUCCGCUGGGAUCCAGAUUCAAGGAAAGGGGGAUAAGACAUGGCCUAAAACGCUCGCUCGCAGCUGAUUCUGCGCUCCCGUGUCAGAAUCUCGGAGUACAUAAGGGCCGGCUUUCGCAGUUUGAGCUUUCGGUUUCGGACAUGUCGAUUCAAACUUCUUCGCACUUCGUGGACUAGUUCGCGGAUUAGUUCGAUUCAGAUAAUAACACAUGUCGCUCGAUGCUCACCAGAUGUUCUGGGUCUCGAUGCGUCAUCAGAUCACGCUAGCAAUGCCCAAACGACGUGUGAAUAGAA